AACAUUGCCGAAAUAUUUUACGAAAAGAAAAAGGAAAGAGUUAGUACCGGGGGCAGUGCCAACAAAAUUUUCGCACAAAACAUACGAUGAAAUAAACAUGGACGGCACAAAACAUUUACAGCAACGAAAAUUAUCUGUUAGACGAAGUGAAGAAUUAGCACGUUCUGAAGUUGGUCACUUUUGUCUAACAUAUAAAUACAUCAGUUUUCUUUCUAUUUUUUAUCUAGACUACCUCUGGAGUGUUUUCAAAUGAUAUUGUUUAGGUCCUGUUUACACUGAGUUGUAUUUAAUUUUGUGUUUUACAGCUUAUCUCAAAACGAAACUGUGAAUGUUCAAACAAAUCCAACUUUGGUUGAAGAAGAAACCAUCAUGAUCAUAAAUGUGAAGGAUAUUAUUGAACCAACCCACAAGAACGUUGGAGUUCAAUGUGAAAUAUCACUAAGCGACUUAAACAGAAGCUGUCAAACUGAUCGGUUAGAAUCAUGUGACUUUGAAGCGCAAGCUCCCGAGUAUUAUUCCAUUUCUGCUAAUUACGUUGCUGUGGUAAACGAUCACUCAUAUUCCAAAGAAAAAACUGUUUACUCCACUCCUUCUAAAAGAAAGCAUGUUUGUGAGGACGUCUCACUCUCUCCUAUAAACUCGUCAUUACAAUCCUUACCAACUGACGAUGAAAAAGACUCUGAUUACAUCGCUGAAAGUGCAGAAGAGUCAAUCAAUAUUAGUGAUGCUCAUGAAACCGAACGAAGCAUUUUAAAAGAAAAGAAAUUUGUUGUUUUCGAAAGCAUGCUAGAUGAAAUAUUUAACUUACUGCCCUGUCGUUCAUGUGAUGGAACCGCAACCAGUAUCGAAAAGCGUGAGCAGGGAACGUGUGUACUAUACAAAGGGUAUUGCAUCAAUGAGCAUGUGGUUUUUGACUGGAAAAGUCAACCCAUGUUUGGAAAAAUGCCAGCAUUUAAUUUGUUGCUAUCCUCUGCAAUAUUUUGUUCAGGUAAAAAAAAUCUUCUUUUGCAUACUGCAUGAUGAUAUGCAAAUUUACAGCAGGGCUAUGCCAUGUUUUCAAACGGGUUGAAAUGAAUGUGGAAGUCGAUACUUCAACAUGUUACGAAUAAACAUAAUUUCGCGAAUCAAUAUCCCAAG